AUGGCGGAGUAUUUCCACACUGAAGUGGAGGCUUACCGCCGGCUAAAGCCUCUACAGGGUGUAGUGAUACCACAGUUUUAUGGUUGUCUACGCUACAAUGGAUCAAGAGCCAUGCUGGUUGAGCAGCUGGGAGGCGCCUCACUCUCCUCGCCCGAGGGUGCAACGAUGGAGUUGGAAGAGCUGUCAGCUCUACUCCAGGCGUGUUAUCGAGCACUGCACGCAUUUGGAGUGCAUCAGGAUGACAGCAACUUGGGGGCAAUCGUGGUAGGGUUCGCAGACGACACCAAUAUCCUGGCCGUAGCGGAGACGACGGAGGGUACCUGCGGCAUCCUAGCGGAGGCCUGGGGACACUGUGCAGGUUGGGCAGCAGAGAGGGGUAUGGAAUUCGAGCCAGCGAAGAGCGAACUAAUCCACUUUUCGAGAGCAAGGGUCCCGAUCGAGAAGACCCUAACGAUCGGGGGGGUAGAGCUGAAACCAGUUGAGGAUGCUAGAUUCCUUGGGGUUUGGCUCGAUAGGAAGCUGAGGUACCGCGCCCACCUCGCGGCGGUGAGGAAGAAGAUGAAGACCCAGACCUGUGCCCUAACAAGGCUCGCCGCAAAGACGUGGGGGUGUACCUUCGCGAGGGCGAGGGAGAUCUACUCGAAAGUGAUCCGCAGUGCGAUCGCGUAUGGAGCCUCAGCCUUCCACACCCCUACAGAGGGCUCAGGCGAAUGGAAGAAGAGGUGGGCACAGGAGUGGGCCCCCCUCGAGUCGAGGCCGGAAAAGGAGGAGCUAGAGCCAGGGUCAACCGGCCCAGUACCAAACCACAAGAAACAGCUCGAGAGGUGGAUGGAGGAGGCAAUGAGAAGGGAGUGGAUUGGAAGAUGGGAGAGUGAGGUAGCUAGGGUGGUCGCUAGGAACCCGGGGCGGGCCCUCGAACCGGCCGAUGCGACCGCGCGGUUCGACGCCUCUAUCAUGAACCGACACCGGUCGAGGGACCCAGCCUGGGAGCUAUCGAAGGCGAAGAGUACUCUCCUAGUGCAAGCGAGGACCGGGAAGAUUGGGCUUCGAGGGUUCCUCUUUACUAGGAGGGUCCCCGAGGUAGUAACGCCGGUAUGCCGCUGCGGUAUGGCGCGCGAGACAUUCGAACACCUCGUACUCGGAUGCAACGGAGCCGCAGAUAAACCUCAUCCCUGGCCAGACGACGGCGCAGAGCUACUGGAGUGGCUAGAUGACGUGGAGAAGGCUGCCAUAGUGGUGGGGUGGGUGCUUGGGCUGGGGAGGCUGAACGAGUUCCGGCUGGCGGUGGAGCUGGAAAAUGAGAACAACGAAGAGGCCCGCGGCGGGGCCGAAGCGGAGUAG